CGAUACGCACAUCCCAGACACCCGAGCUCUGUUUUCAAACAACCGGCAGUAGCUCCAGUCGCGAAGAAUCUCUCGUACUAGUGCUCCCUCGCCCGCGUAAUUAAAAUUUUAAAAAGACAAAUUUUGAAAAAUUAUAACUAUUGAGAUAAUUAAAAAAAAAGACCGUUUUUUCGGUCGUGUGAUGUACAGCAAACGUCAAAGAUGGACGGAAAUGAGAUCAGUGUCUUGUGCUAUUGUGGAUAUUUAAAUAAUUUUUCUAAUUAAAUAUUUAAUAAUUAAUUUUUUUUUUUUUUUUUUAUCAACUGUAGACAUUAAUCAGAUAAAAUAACGUGAUUAUUUUUCCAAGCACUUUUCUCUCCCCCCUCACAUUCUUUUCUCAUAUUUAUUAUUUAUGUCAUUGUCAUUUUUAAAAUUGUAAUUAUUAAUUUUACUGGUAAUGAAAUUUAUAUAAAAAAAAAAAUAAUAAAAAUCAAUGAUGUCUUUGAAGUGGAUUAAUAAAUCGAGAUAAAAUGAAUAUUAAUAAAAUAUAAAAAAAACAUAUUUGUUUAUUUAUUGCACGACAAGUAAACACGCGAACGCGGACCCAUUGAUCUAUAAAAUAAAAAGUUUCGUUUAAUUGAAAGUCACUUGAGAAUUAGCUGGAAACAUGUCAAGUUCUUAUGAAUACUUGAGUACCCGUGUCAUACAUUCGAAUGGAUAUGUUUAUUUUAAUAAUAAAUGGGAUACGAUACUCUAGAGAAAUAUACAGAGAAACGUAACAUUCGUCUAGGGGAAUACUAUUAUGAAUAUUUGACUGUUAUGUGAUGGGUUUUGUAACGUCAAAAUAAAAAAACUAAAAAUGGUUACAUUUUAUUCAAAGAUAACUGAAAAAAUGAAUGUUUGAAUUAAAAUUGCAUUUCAUAAUUGGCAUUGACGUAGAACACGAUUCGUUAGUUUUGAAAAUUAAAAAAAAAUAAAAUAAACAUUUAAAAUAUGGGCCGGAAAUUCAAAUCUCGUUCGAUACCAGAACAGGACCGAAGGAUUUGUGGUGGUAUUUGUUUUUGCCAGUUCACUAUCGUAAUAAGUUGUGUUUCUUUGGUUUAUCUUACUGUCGCUAUAUACAUGCCAUCCCACAGAGCAUUUAACGCAGGUAUCGAUCCUGAACCCGUAAUGUGCCAAACAGUUAAUGCUACACUAGUAAAUUAUUGCGCGUGGGCGAGUUGUGGAGAAUGGUGUUUGACCAAAACGACAGGAUUCUGUCCGCAAAUUCACGCCACUGUCCGACGUAAUGGCACUGAUUUGAUUUUAGAAAACUGUACCAAGUUUGGUAGCAUUGCAUGCCCUCAAGUAAAUCUCCUGAAAUUGAAGAGAUACAACUGCAACAAUGGCAGCGAGUGCGGAUCUCUGACGGGUGUAUUCAAUUGCAGUCUCGGUCACUGUGCAAAUAUGAGCGAGCUGGUGCUGUGUCACCACAAAGCCGACGGGAUAAUCGUCGACAGCGAGAAAGAUAACAUGAAACUUAAUGGAUUCUUUGAUUGCCAAAACUCAAGGUGCACCAAAAUAAAGCGGCCCUUCUCCUGCGACCGCUACUGUCCGAAAAUAAAUUCAAACAAUAUUAACGUCUAUCUCAUGCAGGACGAUAAUAUUAUUACGGCUAAAUGUUCACGUGCAUCGGCACUCAACAAAGCUAAUGGAAAUGCCCUCGGUACUCGGCUAGAUACUCCAAUUCAAAUUUGGGAGGAUAUUAAUAACGAUUCCGCUAUUAUUGCCAGCUGCUUUGCUGUCAAAUUCCAGGGAAAUGUCAUCAGGACGGAGGACUGCGUGAAUGGGACGACGAUCGAGCCGGCGAAGAUCCCGGGGCUGUGGAUGAACCUGACGAGCUUCUUGAGUCUCUACGACAAGAGCCUGGGGAAGCCCUUGGACCCGACUGACGCGUAUCUUCCCUCUCAGCGGUCACUCACGAUCUACAAUACUUCGCGGCUCUACAUCAAUCUCGAGGGCUGUGUCAACACUCUAAAGGGCGAGUGCCGGGAUUUUCUACAAACUCACGGCCGCGAUGGCGACAAUCAAACUGCACAGAGUCGCUAUCCUUGUUUUCAUAAAAGAAAUGAUUCAUCAUUCGUCGUGGCACGUUUCGAUCUUAACAAGACACGUACCGAACUGCUGAUAGCAACAAUAGUUCCAUCAGUAUUAUUUCUAAUAAGUUUCGUGACAUUGGUAAUAAUAACACGUUCAGUGCAAGUCGGCGACGACACAAAGAUGCGAUGCCGAUACUGCACUGAGCGACAGGUCCGCGAGGGCGAGGACGAGGGUCUGGUCCAAACCAGCUCGGGAUCAACGACCCAGGCCAAUUCCACGGCUACAGAGAUACGCAGUAUGGCUUUAUAGCAAUUCAAACUUAACAUAAACCCGCCAAUGUACGAGAAACUACCAUUGAUUGACACCGAAGCCGAGGACUCUUGUUGAAUACGUAACUAAACCAACACUAUCCCAAUCCAAUACAACAAAACUUUUCUUCACUUAAAUUCUUUUUUUUCUUUUUAUUAAACUUUUAUAAAUUUAUUCGUCUGAGAGAACAAGUCUUUCAAGUUCAAACUCAAGUACUUUAUCGAUAAACUUUUGAACAAAGUUACAUAUAUAUAUA